CUCUCGACACAUAACAUCAGCUGAAAGAAAAUGGUGUCGAUCAGAAAUUUACCAAAGUUGUGAUAACAUCAGGCAUCAAGGGAAGUAAGCAAAAUACUGGUAGAACCAUGAGAGGACAACAUUAAAAACCUAUUUAUUGGCUUGUCUUGAUUUUGUUUACCUUGGUGUGUUGAGGCGCCAACCAAGCCUGCAAAAUGACCAGUUUUAAAGCUCAGCUUUUGUGGGAUAACAUAUCCCGUCGGGAUUUGACGGCCGUACAUAGCAUGCUGGAGAAUGGGCAUGUUAACUUAGAGGAGAGGGAUGAGAAUGGUGGUACAUUUCUAAUGGUGGCCAGUGAACAAGGGGCAGUUACCAUUGUAAGAGAGCUCUUACAAGCUGGUGUUGAUCCAAAUGCUGUGGAUAAUGAAAACUGGAAUGCUCUGUUGUGUGCCAGCAAGGAGGGACAUCUUGAAAUAGUGAUAGAACUGUUGGAGAGAAAUGUCGACAUUGAGCAUGCUGACAUGUGUGGCUGGACAGCACUGAUGUGGGCGUGUUACAAAGGCAACACCUAUGUGGUCAGCGAGCUGCUGGACCGUGGGGCUAAUCCUAACAUGAAAGCUGAUCAUAACAUGACUUGCCUUGCUUGGGCUGCUGGCAGAGGUCAUUGUGAUAUAGCUAAACUGUUGAUAAACAAGGGGGCAAAGGUCAACAUGCCAGAUAAGUAUGGUACAACUCCCCUCAUCUGGGCAGCUAGGAAGGGACAUGUGGAUAUUGUAGACGUGCUCAUUGCUGAAGGUGCCAAUGUUGAGGCUUCAGGAAUGAACUCCUGGACCCCACUACUUGUGGCCACAAAGGGAGGUUACUUUGAUGUUGUCCGCUCCAUUCUCCAACAGGACCCUAAUGUUAAUGCUACAGACAAGGAUGGCCUGACAUCUUUGGCUAUAGCAGCAAGAGAGGGACACUUUGAGAUUGUGAAUGAUCUACUUGCUAAAGGUGCCUAUGUUAAUCUGGCAGAUAGGAAUGGAGAUUCCAUCUUAAUUCAUGCUGUCAAAGGUGGACACAUUGACAUCGUGAGGUCCUUGCUGAAGAAAUAUGUGGACGUUGAUGUACCUGGGCAGGAUGGUAAAACAGCUCUGUACUGCGCAGUAGAGAAAGGAUACACAGACAUGAUCAAGUUGUUGCUGCAGAGCAACCCUGACACUGAGCUGAGCACUAGGGAUGAUGACACGCCUCUGCUGAGAGCAGUUCGCAUGAGGAAUGAGGAAGCUGUGCGUAUGCUGCUGGAAAAAGGUGCCAGGGUUUCAGCUACGGACAAACGUGGCGACACAGCCCUCCACAUCGCCAUCAGAGCACGCACCAAGAGAAUCACUGAGCUGUUGUUGAGGAACCCCAGACACAGCCGCCUGCUGUACAAGAUGAACAAGGCAGGGGAGUCCCCCUACAGCAUGGAUACCUACCACCAGCGGGGGAUUCUGCCACAGAUAUAUGGUCAUGGUAACCUGAACGCCACCGACGCGGAGAACUUGUUAGGGUAUGAGAUCUACAGCUCAGCCCUGGCUGAUAUCUUGAGUGAGCCCUGCCUCAUCACCCCUAUAACCCUGGGGCUCUAUGCCAAAUGGGGGAGUGGCAAGUCUUUCCUCUUGGAUAAACUUAGAGUGGAGAUGACGUCAUUCACCCAACAAAACAGUCAAGCUGAGCUCUCCUGGUCUUGGCUGAUGGCCUUCCUCCUGCUGGUCAUCAACUCCAUCCUGGGAGAAACUUUUGGAUUAGCUUUUGGCUGGCAGCUGGGUCUAGCAGUGGGUCUAGGACUGGUGCCAUUUGAAUUUGGAUUUAUAGGGAUGAUCAUAUUUUUAAUGAAAAAGUAUGAUUUGGCUGCUGUCAAUCGCAUCAGUGUUGCUCUCGGAAGAAAACAAAAGCUACUGCUGCUCUUUCUACGCAUGCUUUUCUGUAUACCCAAGCAGAAGAAACUAGCAGAUAGGCAGUCUGGUGGACUGUUUUCUGUGAGGUUCCUGUUCUCUGACUGCACUAGACUGACAAGUGUAGGGGGUGAGAAGUCUCUGGCGGCCAUGAUAGGCACCCUCUGUGAGGCUGUGGAGAAGGAAUAUGGGAUCUUCAUUGCCAGACUUUUCAGAGUUUUUAAACCACACAUUCACAAAUCCAGGACCAGUAAUUUCAAGUCCAUCUGCUGUAUACCUUACUUUAUCAUAGUCAUCUUUUUAUUGAUAUGUGUGCAAGUUGGAAUAGGGCUAGCUGUGGCCUAUGGCAUAGAAAAAAGUGCAGUGCUGAAUGGUUUCCUCAUCGGUUUGGCCAGCAUUGUUGGAUUGGCCAUCGUGGCCAACAUGUACACUUGGGGCCAGGCUCUGAUGGCCUUGGUGUUCUCUCAGAAGAAGCUGGCCAUUCGAGCAGCUGAACAUAUCAAUGAGCUGAAGAUGGAUGGCUUCAUGCAGCACUUGAAGCGAGAGGUUGAUCUAAUGAGCAAAAUGGUCAACUGCAUGGACAGCUUUACAGAAGACCAGACCAGGAUGGUGGUUAUUGUUGAUGGUCUGGACAGCUGUGAGCAGGACAAGGUACUCCAAGUCUUGGACACUGUCAAAUCUCUGUUCUCUGAUGAUGGCUCGCCUUUCAUUACCAUCCUGGCUGUGGAUCCACACAUCAUUAUAAAAGGUAUUGAACAGAAUCUGCGCACCUCCUUUCAAGACACCAAUGUCAAUGGUUUUGAUUACCUGAGGAACGUGGUGCACCUGCCAUUUUACCUUCAGUCCCAGGGCAUGAGGAUACAACAGGUGGAGCCAGCCCCCAGUCUGUUUGAAGGUGGAGAAACAUCCCCAUCUAGGACAACCAGGCAAGACUCUGUCCUCACAAGUGUCAGCAGUGACACCAAGUCAGGCCGCAAGGCGUCGCGUGCCAUGGGGUCAAGUCACAUGGUGGGUGGCAGCCUGUCUGGGUCCAUCCCUGGCAUGAUCUACGCCAGUUCAUUUGACUUGACCACCACGCUGGCCAAGAACGAUUACUUCAGUGACAUCAACCCGCGCAGCAUGAGAAGAUUGAUGAACAUUGUGGCUGUCACUGCGCGUUUACUGAGGGCUUACAACAUAGACUUUAAGUGGCACAGACUGGCCGCCUGGAUCAAUCUUAUAGAACAAUGGCCCUACCGUCUGUCUUGGAUUAUUUAUUACUUCGAGGAAGCUGACGUGGUUGAAAACUCUUCAUCUUUGUAUUCACUAUAUAAACGCAUUGCCCCUAGCAUUCCAUCCUCCAAAGAGCAGGACCCUCUGUUAGAGAUUGACAGAAAUGUGAGAAAACUGGAGGCCAGUUUGACCUCAAAAUCUGGCAACUUUCCACUUUUAAAUGUGGCUGAUCUGAAGAAAUUCCUCCCUUGUACAAUCAACUUGGAUCCUUAUCUCAGGAAACUUAUUCGAGAAACCCAACAUAACAUAGAGAGGCACCAGGCAGAGUUGGCCACUUUAGGGGGUGUCUUCCCCCCUCCACCCCCCUCAAUGUCCACUAACCUCCUCAGAGAUCUGAACCACGAGCGGCCGUCUUUACUCUCCUCCCCCGCCCGCUUCACCUCCAGCCUGCAGCACCCACCCCUGAUGUACGGGAUGUACGGCCCCCAGCCCACUGUUCCCCUGGCCGCCAUGCACAACCCCCACCUGUUGCCGUCCUACCUCCAGGCCCAGCAGAUGAUGUUGACACAGAGCACCCAGCAGGAGUUAAACAAACAGACCAACAAAGGCAACAAUGUUAAGACUCCUAAAGACUUUUUUACUAAUUAUUUUAAGCCGGUUGUGCUAUCUAAGUGUUCUGUUGACGACGUCUGUGACCUCUUGUCUCGCCUGAAGGGACUGAGCCCCAAGUGUGUUGGGGAGUACCAGAACAGCAUCAGAGAGAACAACGUGUCAGGGCUGGUCCUGGCCAUGUGUGACUUGUCUGAGCUCCAGCCGGUCAUCAGCAUGAGGUUUGGGGACUGGCAGCUCUUCAGGAGCGCCGUCCAGUCUUUAAUAGCUGCUGAGACGCAGGGCGGCAGUGACGACGACAGUAAGGCCGACACCUCCGAUGUGUCACAAACAAUGCAGCAAGUCGGACCAAUCACUCACUCGAGCUCCGGGGCCAGCUACAGUGAGCACAGCUCCUCCCUCAACACAAGCAAGGCUUUGUCCAACAGGAGUUUAAGUCUGCAGGAGCCAAGCAGUGCUAACAGGUUCGGGCACAAGACAGAACUGCAGAAGAUCAGGGAGAGGAAGAUGCGCAGGAAUGACAGCAUUGUACAGCAGUUGACGUACGAGACAGCCAUUCUGAAAUCAGCUGUGUCAGGGUUUGUGGAGGAGUCUGAAGAGGAAGAUGAGGAUGAGGUGGAGGAUGAUGACGAUGAAGAGGAAGAGGAAGUAGAUGUUACACAAGUUGCCGUAGAACUGAACAAAGCACCAGAGCCUCUGGAGACAAUACAGGAGGGGAAGGAGACCAGACCAACAUUUCAGCUGGGUGGGGACAGUCCCAGUGGCAGCCCAGGUAAACAGACAGUGUCAUCAAGUCCGCGUGUUGAUCACACCUUCACCAUAUCCAAAGGUUCCAAUGGGACUUUGCACAAUUUAAAUGAGGACGAUAUUUUAGGCAGUGUUUCUCAGACCAUGUCUAGCUCCUCCUGCAGUAGAUCGGGUAAAAGUGACAUGGAUUUAAUAGUCUCGGAAGAUUUUCCAUCGUCGAGCAAGACUCUGACGUGGUCAAAAGAUGUUGAUGAACGCAUCACGUUCUCUGAUAUUGCUUCGUACAUUAAAGUCCUAGACAAGCCAAAGAGCCCUAUCACUCCGCAAGGCUCAGGGGAGUUUGUUCCACUCCUGGGCAGUGUUCAAGUCCACCCAACACCCACCGGCUCAUCAGAAUUUGUACCAGGCUCUAAUUUCAUGUCCCAGUCCAAGGAAAGUCUAUUAGACAUGGCCCUGCCUUUGGCCUCAGAACCAGCCCAGCUGCCUAUCAGUAGUGUGAAACAACAAAGCCCUCCACAGCGUGUUGCCUUCGCCCCAGACCACUGCCUGGUUACCCAGCACCCCACAGGUACCACUCCCCUCCCCACAAGUGCCACCCCCCACCACCAUGACCAUAUCGGCAACUUAGCCAGAGCUUUAGCCAUCGACAAGUCAGACUCGGACUCAACCUCGGAGGCAGAGUUCUCCCCAGCGCACCACGCCACUCUCUCCACAAGCAACGAGUGUCUGGCUAAAUCACCCAAAACCCACCACAGGAGCUAUUUCCACAGCUACAGUGAUGAAGGCAGGAGGGGCUCUGUUGCAAGUAAUGACGGUAGACGCAGCUCAAUUGUAAGCAGUACCCUGUCUGUAGACAAUGCACGGAGAGGAUCCAUACUUUCAUAUGAUGAUGACUACUCUCUAGAUUCUGCUCACAGGAGCUCCCUGAGGAGUAAUGCCGGUCACGAGGACCUGGUCCAGCAUUCGUUCAGCACAAUCAUUGAGAUGAAUGCUGCAGCAAUGGCGGCUGAGGAGUCAGAUUUCCACCACCGGCUAGGGGUCAGAUUUGCUAACGUUGACCAGCUGCCGGACAGCGACAGUAACUCACCAGAUGUAGAGACCCACGUUUGAUGUUGGCCUUGAGCUAGAGCUCAGACCUUAGAUGUCAUGUUUGCUCUGCAUUCAAAGAUUGUGUCAUCUUUGUUUAUUUUUUAGUAAAGAUCUUGUUAAAUAUAUGCUGGAUAUCUAUUUAAAUUAAUAGACCUUAUUAAAUCUGUAUUAAAAAGCUGGUCAGAUUGUAUUGAAGAUAACAUGAACUUUGCUAUAACAUGACCCUGUAGAUCAUUAAGAAAAAUUAGUUCAGGAUCUUUUUUCUCUUACUAUGGACAAUUUACUUUUUUAUUGUGUAUACACAUUUAUUAUCAUCAUUUAACUUGUAUUUUAUAUACACAGAAAUAUUCUUUUUUGAACAUCAUUGUAAUUUUUUUUUACAAAAAAGUAAAAAUGCAAAUUUACAAGUCAAUUUUUAUUCCCAUUUGUUUUUUUUUUUACAUCUAACAUCUAUCAUACUUUUUCUGCGUGUAUGGUGUUCAGAAAAUGGAUUGACAUUUUGAAAUCUUUACAUAAUUAAAACAAUUAAAUUUACAGAUAAAAAGGUUUUGCUGUCAUUUUAAUAGUUUUGGUUGAUUUUGGUUCUAACCUUCCUUUUUAUUUAGUUCUUACAUUUGGUUUUAGAAAACAUUUUCAUAAGAGCCAUCACUGUUAUUGAAUUGUAUUAAUAGGAUAAGUAAGCAGGAAUAUAUAUAUAUAUGGUAACACAAUACACAGGACUGUAUCAGGUUGUAAUCUUUUUAUGUUUCAUUAAGUAAAAACAUGGAGAGAUAUUGAAUACAGUUUUAACAUUCAGUAAUAUUUAAUUCCAUAAAAAUAGUCUAGAAUGUUAUAAAAUAGCUAAGAGCUGUGUUGUUUUUUUUCUUAUCUGUCAAUGCUGGCAUUAAAAAUUGUUUGCACAAUUGUUUGCACAAUUACGGUUAGAGAACUCUAACAGGGAUUGCUUUGUCUAGUCUUUGAUGUCUCUUUGCCAGUUUACAUUUGUUUUGGUACAACAGUACUGAAUCCUGCCAUGUUUUUUAUAUCAUUUAUUUUUUUAUUCUUG